UAUAAACCUGCAAAAUCCAACACAAAACGGAGCCAUCGAACAACCAUAAAAAAAGUGCCAGAGCGAGGGAGAAUCAGGGAAGAGAGAGAGAGAGAGAGAGAGAUUGAGGAGAGAGAGCGGACUCAGAAGAAGGAAAAAAAGUGGAGAAAAUUUGACAAAUUACACACAGAAGAAAACGAACACAAAAAAACGAAGUCGAUUGCUCCGCCACCGCCUCCUCCUCCUCCUCCGCCGCCCUCGAUCUUCGCCGGCGCCUGAGCUCGAAUCUGGGUGGUGAUGGCUGUUCAAGCACCUGCGAGGCCAGUCAUGGAUGAUAUGGAUGAUGAUGAUGCCCCAUUAGUUUUUAGGAGGGGUGGCAACUCAGCAUCUAGGCAAAGCCAAUUAAAUGCUGAAGCUAAGAAGAUGUCGUCUUCAUCUCAAAAUGCCAAUGGCCAAAGCUCAAAUGGGCAGAGGAAUAAAGCUCCAGUUGCUUCUUCCAGGUCACCCCCGGUUAAGUCUCCCAUAGGGAGCCCUAGAGCCUCAACUUCUUCUUCUAUAAAGGCUUCUCCAUUGCGGUCUCCUGUAACAAAUUCUAAAUCGCCAAUGUCCUCGGAGACAAGGCAAAUGCCUAAGCAGAAUGCUUCGCCUGCUGUCAAGGUGGAGGUUAAGUCUGUCAAAUCUGAGAACAAGGCUCAGGUCGAUGAUGAGGAUUCUGAGGAUGAUAAGCCCUUGAAUUUCAGAUUGAAGGGAGCUGCCAACAAUGCUAAGAAAGAAGUUGGUGGUCCCAGUCAUGUGAAAAAGGAAGACUCUGAUGAUGAUGAUGAUCUCCCUUUGGCCUCAAGGAUGUCAGCUAAACCUAACCAUUCGAGUGAAAAGAAACCUUUAGCAUCAAAACUUCAGCAGAAUGGCAGCUCAACUUCGAAUGUGAACAAGAUGAAAACUCCGGUUGUGCCAAACAAGAGGCCUAUGGAGAAGAGUAGUUCUUCUCAACAAUCCUCUGUAAAAAAGCCAAAGCUUUCUGUUCCGUCUUCCACCACACAAGUCAAACCUACGACAGUUAAAGCAGAGGUGAAGGCUGACGAUGAUGACGAUCUUCCGAUCUCCCACAGGAUCAAGAAGGCAACGAUGUCAGAAAGAAAACCAUCGUCUGCAAACCCAAAAGCAACCAAAGUGGUCUCUUCUUCGUUCAAGAAGGCCAAUAUGAAGAACGCAAAACAAAUGAAAAAUUCGAAGUUUAUCAAGUCAACAAAAGUUACCCCCGGUUCUACUGAUGGCCAGAGAAAAUGGACUACCUUGGUUCACAACGGUGUAAUUUUUCCUCCUCCAUACCAGCCUCAUGGUAUUAAGAUACUUUACAAGGGGAAGCCAGUUGAUUUAACUCCAGAACAAGAAGAGGUUGCCACUAUGUUUGCGGUGAUGAAAGAUACCGACUACAUGCAAAAACCAAAGUUCCUUGAUAACUUCUGGAAUGAUUGGCGUAGGAUACUAGGGAGGAACCAUGUAAUACAGAAGUUGGAUGAUUGUGAUUUUUCACCAAUAUAUGAUUGGCAUCAGCAGGAGAAAGAGAAGAAAAAACAAAUGAGUACAGAAGAGAAGAAGGCAGUCAAAGAACAAAAAUUGCAGCAAGAGGAGAAGUAUAUGUGGGCUAUAGUGGACGGUGUUAAGGAAAAAGUUGGGAACUUUAGAGUCGAGCCACCUGGUUUGUUUCGAGGCCGUGGAGAGCAUCCUAAGAUGGGAAAGCUCAAGAGACGCAUCCGACCUAGGGAUAUCACCAUAAACAUAGGGAAGGAUGCUCCUGUUCCAGAAUGUCCAAUUGCUGGUGAAAGCUGGAAAGAGAUAAAACAUGAUAACACCGUUACAUGGUUGGCUUUCUGGAAUGAUCCUAUCAACCCCAAAGAAUUCAAGUAUGUGUUCUUGGCAGCCAGCAGUUCGUUAAAAGGGCAAAGUGACAAGGAGAAAUAUGAGAAGGCUAGGAUGCUGAAGGACUACAUACACAACAUCAGGGCAGCUUACACGAGGGAUUUCAAUAGUAAGGAUAUAGUAAAACAACAAAUAGCAGUUGCGACCUAUCUUAUUGAUAAGCUAGCUCUAAGGGCGGGUAAUGAGAAGGUACGACUUCUGGAAUCUGUAUAAGCGAUUAAUAUGGCAUAUAAUGUGCCCAAUCUACGCAAAUGUUACUUUGUUUCUGCUGCCGUUUAUCAUCCUAAGUGCAUGUAAUGGGAAGAUUGAUGACUUCGCAACGAUUGGUUCCAAUGUGGCCUUAGUAAAAGGCUGAAAGGCCAUAGAGAUGCUGGCAAAUGGCCACAUGGAUCUUGACUAUCUCAUGCUUAGAGGGAUGGUGAAGAAGAAGCUGAUACUGUCGGUUGCUGUACAUUAAAAGUAUCCAACGUAGAGUGCAUCCCUCCCAAUAUGAUAAAGUUUGACUUUCUUGGUAAAGAUUCAAUUCGUUAUGAGAACACGGUUGAAGUUGAGCUUCCUGUGUUCAAAGCAAUUGGGAAGUUCCAAGCUGGAAAAGGGGAAAAUGAUCUCCUUUUCGACGAGCUGGAUACAAGUAAACUGAAUGCCCACUUGAAGGAACUCAUGCCUGGGCUUACAGCAAAAGUGUUCCGUACCUAUAAUGCUUCAAUCACAUUGGAUCAACAAUUGUAUGAAGAAACAGAAGAUGGUGAUGUUGCAGAGAAGGUUGUUGUUUAUCAAAAAGCAAACAAGCAGGUAGCAAUCAUCUGCAAUCAUCAGCGUACUGUCUCAAAGACUCACGAUUCGCAAAUGUUGAGGUUGACUGAGAGGAUUGAGACUGCCAAGCAAGAACUGAAAGAGCUGAAAGUUGAUUUGGAGAGGGCCAAGAAGGGAAAGUCACCUCUCAAGGGAGCAGAUGGAAAGCAAAAGAGGAACUUGAGUCCCGAAGCCAUAGCGAAAAAGAUAGCAUCUGCCAACCAAAAGAUUGAGAAGUACGAAAUGGAUAUGACGACAAAAGAGGAUCUGAAAACAGUGGCACUCGGCACCUCCAAAAUCAACUACCUGGAUCCUAGGAUCACAGUUGCAUGGUGCAAGAGGCAUGAAGUUCCCAUUGAGAAGAUAUUCAACAAGUCGCUUCUGGCAAAGUUUGCCUGGGCAAUGGAUGUUGAACCCCAGUUCAGAUUCUGAUGGAAGGGAAAAUCUGGGAAGUGGUGCUCACACAACCCUCCCACUUUCAAAAAGAGCAGCAUAAAAUUGAAAAAUUACCCAGAAAAUGAAACAAGGAGAAGAAGAGAAAGGACCAAUCAAUCCAGCUUCUUUUGAUGAUCCAUUACAGCUUUUCAAUUCACAAUUUUUUUAAUCAAUUUCUUUUCUUUUUUUGGAUCUUCCAGUUUUAACUCUGAGCUGCUGGGAAAGUCGAUGCUGUAUGUUCAACGAUCUAAUCUAAUCAUCGAGUACUUGCUUACAUAUUUGCUGCCAUUGUCCCUGCCCACUUCUUGCUUCCCUUUUCUUCAUCACCAAUUCCAUGAAUUGGAUGCCUGUCUUGUAGCAGCAAGUAACCCUUUCUUCUUCUUCCAGAGUUUGAUGUAAAGGAAUGGCCGGAAUGAAAGACUAUGAAAUAGAUGCUGCUAAACUGCAGAGGAAUUCUGAUGAAUGCUUGAUUAUGUAUUUUAUGACGACAUUGUAACCAUAGUCUCUGUCUCAGAUUUACUAACAAUUUAUAGACAGGAAA